UAAUUGUUAUUUGGUUUCUUCUAGACCCGGGUCCUGAAAUUAGGUGGGUUUUAUUGAAUUAUACGAGAGGAGAUUUCAAUGGCUUGGUUUUCCUUUCUGCAUGUUGUCUUUUGGGUGAGCAUGAGCUGGAUUUCUUGUCGAAGUGAAAAAGAAAAAUCUUGAUUCACUCUCCCUUUCCCCUCUUUUCCUAGUUUUUCUCUUUAAUGGGUUUGAUUUAGAAGGUGUUUUCCUCUCAUGGGUAUUGAAGCUUUAUGGCUACAAUGUCAGUUAAGCGUCACAUUUGCCUGUGACACUUGUCCUUGCAUUCCUUAAACUGGUAAAGGAGUUUCUUCUGGGCAAGUUAAAAAGGUUUCCUUGAAGGAAGCUUCUCUGGAAGCUUGCUAAGAAGGUAUGCUGAGCAAAAGUUAAAUGUUUUCAUUUUGACAUCAUUUACUUAGCCAACUCUGCUUUCUGUGAACAACUUUUUGUAAAUUAAAUCAUCCCAUGAUGGCUGGCGAUGGUGAUAUAUACCUUGCUGAGGAUAGGACGACAAAUCCCAUCUCUAUUUUAUUCAAAGAUGCCAGACUUGUACUCAAGUUGGAUGAACUUGGUCUGGAAAUAGCACAAAUAGCAUUGCCUGCGGCACUGGCUUUGACAGCUGAUCCUAUUGCCUCACUGGUUGACACAGCAUUCAUUGGCCAAAUAGGUCCAGUAGAACUCGCUGCUGUUGGAGUUUCUAUUGCUCUAUUCAAUCAAGUAUCAAGGAUUGCAAUAUUCCCACUUGUCAGUGUCACAACCUCUUUUGUUGCUGAGGAAGAUACUGUCGGAAGAGUGACCCGUGAAGGACAAGAGAGUGAAUACUUAGAAUCAGGCUCAUGUAUAAACAGUGAAAGCAAGGAGUUGAUACCAAAGAAUGAUUCUGUUGAGGAUCCGUGCAAGUUAGGAUCACUUCCCAACAGCUUUUCUAUCACUAAGCUUGAAAAUGAAAGAAGACAUAUACCUUCAGCAUCAUCUGCGCUGGUUAUAGGUGGCAUUCUUGGCCUUAUCCAAGCCAUAUUUCUCAUUUCCAGUGCAAAACCACUUCUAAAGUUUAUGGGAGUUAGCUCUGAUUCCCCUAUGCUUAACCCGGCUCAACAGUACUUAACAUUAAGGUCACUUGGUGCCCCUGCUGUUCUUCUCUCGUUAGCACUGCAAGGAGUCUUCCGUGGAUUUAAAGAUACAAAAACUCCUUUGUAUGCAACUGUCGCGGGAGAUAUAACAAAUAUAGUCCUGGAUCCACUUUUUAUAUUUGUUUUCCGCUUGGGUGUCAGUGGUGCGGCAAUUGCCCAUGUCAUAUCUCAGUACCUGAUUUCAGUUAUACUCUUGUGGAGAUUAUUGGUAAAAGUUGAUCUGUUACCUCCCAGUGUCAAGCAUCUGCAAUUUGGUCGAUUUCUUAAAAAUGGUUUUCUCCUAUUAGUGAGGGUAGUGGCUGUAACAUUCUGUGUGACUCUGGCUGCAUCACUGGCUGCACGGCAGGGAUCAACAUCAAUGGCUGCUUUCCAGGUCUGCUUGCAGGUUUGGUUGGCAACAUCUCUUCUGGCUGAUGGUUUGGCUGUUGCUGGACAGGCAAUACUUGCAAGUGCAUUUGCACAAAAGGACUAUAACAAGGCUGCUGCCACUGCCUCUCGAGUAUUGCAGUUGGGAUUGAUUCUUGGAUUGGCACUGGCUGCACUACUUGGACUGGGAUUGCAUUUGGGAGCGCGAUUAUUCUCAAGUGAUAUACAUGUUCUUCAUCUAAUUAACAUAGGCAUUCCGUUCGUUGCAGGCACUCAGCCUAUAAAUGCAUUGGCAUUUGUUUUUGAUGGUGUCAAUUUUGGGGCCUCUGAUUUUGCAUAUGCUGCCUGCUCCUUGGUUAUGGUGGCCAUUGUAAGCAUUUUAUGUUUGCUUGUUCUCUCCCCAAGCCAUGGCUUUAUUGGACUAUGGAUUGCCCUUACCAUAUAUAUGAGCCUUCGUGCAUUCGUUGGCGUUUGGAGGAUAGGGACCGGGACUGGACCUUGGUUCUUUCUCAGGCGCUGAACGUCGCUAAUAAUAAGCAUGUUUUUGUCUCCUGGCUUGUUUAAUCUUCCCAGAGCUAGAAUUUUGCUUCCAUUGUUUUCUUUCCAUGAAAACAAUUUUGGCAGUGUAGGAAUCUUCUCUUGUUUCUCAUGUAUUUAGUAUGCUGAGCUUCGAUGGCUGGACAUAUUCUCCUGUAUUUUGUUGCAUGCACAAAAAAUGUAAAGGGCACAAACUUUCCACCUAAAGAUUGGAGACAAGGAAAAGAGAAAAGAAAUUUAGUACAUGAGAUUCAGCA